GUCACUGCAAAGUGUGGGAGUCGAGAAACUUCACUCAUGUAAAUAUCGUCAAAGACAGCUGCACGUAGCAAUAUACAGUACAUAGCUUUAUUUAUUUACCAGCUUAUUUUUAAGUAUGCACCGGAAAAAGCCAUUUAGCAAUAAACAGAAGAAGAAACAGCUACAAGUCAAACGGGAGAAAAAGAGAGGUGACACAGGCUCUGGGCCGAGCAGCCGCAAUGCCAGUGUGGAGCGAGGAGGAGAGCGACAGUCUGACACCUCAGACAGUGAGACCACCGAUGUUAGGAGAAUAAAUCAGCAGCCCUUCAGCAGAGAAGGUAGAUAUGACCCCAACAGGUUCCGACUGCAUUUCGAGAAGGAAAGUAAAGAUGAAGUGGAAAAGAGGAAGAAGGUGGCAAGGGAGAAGGUGCUGCAGCCAGUCUCAGACAAAGAACUUGAGAUUGACAUCAAUGACAUCUACCCCUCAGAUAAAGGUCUUGGUCUCCCACGACGGCCGUCCUGGAAUUAUGAGAUGACACGAGAGAACCUGAUGAGGAAAGAGGAGAAGUCAUACAGAGACUAUUUGGAUGACCUGGACUCCAAAAAUCCACCUGGCUCACUCAGCCACUUUGAGCACAAUCUGGAGACAUGGAGGCAGCUAUGGAGAGUGUUGGAGAUGUCAGAUGUCGUCCUACUCAUCGUAGACAUCAGGCACCCGGUGCUGCAGUUCCCUCCAGCCCUGUACCAAUACAUCACAGAAGAUCUCCAGAAGCAGGUGAUUCUGGUGUUGAACAAAGCUGACCUGUGUCCUCCCCCGCUGGUGAUCGCCUGGAAACACUACAUGACCUCCCAGUUCCCCCACCUGCAAAUAGUCUGCUUCACCUCCCAUCCUGGACAGCCCUACAGCACAGUGCUCCAGAAGAAGAGAAAGACGAGGAAGGCUGACUGGAAUCACGCUGGAGGUCCUCUAGAUAUCCUGAAGGCCUGUCAGGAGAUCACAGCAGGGAGAGUUGAUUUGUCCAGCUGGGAGCAGAAGAUUCAUAGAGAUGCUGUUGCUGAGCAACUGGAAGGGGAGCGGCCAGAUGAAGGAGCAGAGUCGGUGCUGAUGGAGCAUCAAAGUGACAGAGCUAUGGAGAUGAGCAGCCCAUCCCACGAGCUCUACAAAGAUGGGGUUCUCACAUUGGGGUGCAUAGGCUUUCCAAAUGUUGGUAAAUCAUCUGUUAUAAACAGCCUGGUGGGGAGGAAGGUGGUGAGCGUGUCUCGAACCCCAGGCCACACCAAAUACUUCCAGACCUACUACCUCACCCCGACAGUCAAACUCUGCGACUGCCCUGGACUGGUUUUCCCCUCCCGUGUCAAUAAACAGUUACAGAUUCUGGCAGGCAUUUACCCAAUAUCUCAGCUGCAGGAGCCCUACAGCCCGGUUGGUUAUCUGUGUGAAAGGACCCCUUUCCUCUCUGUGCUGAAGCUUAACCAUCCCAGUUUGCUCGAGUUAAAAGCCCACCAAAGAAACCAGAGAUCUGAAGAGCUCAGCUGGACGGCCUGGGAUGUGUGUGAGGCAUGGGCAGAGAGGAGAGGCUAUAAGACAGCAAAAGCAGCUCGCAACGAUGUUUACCGUGCAGCUAACAGUCUCCUGCGGUUGGCAGUUGAUGGCAGAUUGUGUCUCUGCUUAAGACCACCUGGCUACAGCUGCCUGAGAGAGCAUUGGGAGAAUCACCCAGACUUGCCGGAGAUUAUGGCUCUUCAAGGAAGGGCGACACAGGAGGAAUGGACAGGAGAGAGGGAUGAGGAGGAGGAUGGAGAGUCAAGCACUGAGCCGGAGGACGAGAGAGACCGGGAUGCAGACGAUGAUGAAGAUGGAGAUGAUGAAGAUGAGGGGUUUGGACAUCCCAAAAGGAAGGCGGAGGAUAAACCAUCUGGCUUCACUGUCAACAUGUACAGCGUCCUUCGGGAAAAUGAGUGCGAGUGAUAACAGAGAGAAAGUCGAGCAGGAAGACAUGAGUUUUUUUGUCUUACCCCGACCUUUCCCCGUUUACCCAAGCGCACUUUUGAUUCCUAUUUUUUCUCCUGCAUUCCCUCUCAUUUUUUCUUGCAUCUCCACUCCUCAUGUCAUUACCUCCAGUGUACAUUGACAUGAUCUAUUCUAAUCCAUUCACCCUUUUUCCUUCUCCCUAUAAUAUACAGAGCAUUUUCAUGUGUUCCAUGCUGUGCCUCUGCUCUGCUUCAUCCAUGAAGCUUAUUAUUUAGUGUCACUUGCGGGAAUGGGUUUUGUUUGAUUUAAUCCUUUUUUUUGCACGUAAUUCUCAGAAACAAAUGAACAAAGACAAAUCCACCAACUGGUUUUCAAUCUGUUUAUUGACAUGUGGCUUCACAGCUGAGAUGCCAAAGUUCAGGAAAGGAUGAUAAAAAUCAGGUGAACUGUCAAUAUGAUGUCAUUCACUGGAGCAGCCGUUUGGCUCUCAGAGCAGCUGGAGAUUUAAGAAAACGACUCUAAAUCUUCUUUGAAGACCAUCAGUUAGUUAGUACUUUGGUUAAAGGGUGAGUGAUGGAAUAUUGGCAAUAUUAGACCAAAAAGUGGAAUGGAUAAAACAUUUUACACACACAGUUUUGCUGUUACCAGUAUUAAGACUGACUUUUUCCUGAACUUGAUUUUGAUUUAGAGUAUACUAUAUCUGAGUGAUAUUUUAUUUAGUGUGGUUCUACACAGUCAGCAGGAAAUUUAAAAAAAAAUGAUUGGGAUUGGGGGGGGGGGGUCGUUGAAUCCUGUUUUGCUGGACGAGGCUGUUUCAGGAAUUUAACCUGUAGUGUUUUAACUACUACAAAAUGAUCCUUAGAUGCUGUUGGAGAUUUAGUGCAGAAUUUUGGCUACGGUCAUUGAGCAAUUUUAUAUUGCUAAUGACAGUACAGUGGGUUUGAUCAAACAGAGACUGCUUAAAAGUCAGUUUCAGGAAUAGUUCAACAUUUAGGGAAAUAAGCUUAUCCCCUUUCUUCCCCAUAAUUAGAUGAGACUUGUAUCUGUCCGGUAAAUAUGAAGUUUGAGACCAGGAGAUGCUUAGCUUAUCUUAGCUUAGCACAGAGACUGGAAAUGGGAGGAAACAGCUAACAAUAGCCUGUCCAAAGUCUGUCCAAAGGCAACAAAAACCCAGCAUCAGAUCAUUAAUCAGAGAUCACUAAUUACCACAUUGUAUCUUGUUUGUUAGAGCUGUUCAAAAGUGUAGUGUAAAAUAAAUGGAAAUAUUUUACUGGGGGUUAUGUAUUUUUUAUCUCUAUUUUCAUAUUUCUUUGCCAGGUACAACCACUUAGACUCUCCUGAUUGCCUAGCAACCUCAAUGUGACGUCAAGACUCCAGGAAGUUACUGCACCCAGCCAAGAAAUAGUCCAGCACAUCUGGAAAACCAAAAUAUGUAAUUUUACACUUUUUGUAUGGAUUUAACAAACGAAAUAUAAUGCAUUACUUUGUGAAAAGGUGCUGAUAGGUCAGGUUUUGUUACAUUCAAACAGAGCCAGGUUUUUGUGCUAAGCUAAGUUAACCGGCUGCUGACUGUAGCUUCAGUUUAACCGUACAGACAUGAAGCUCUGCGUGAAAUUGAAUAAGUGUAUUUACCAAAAUGUCGAAAUACUCCUUCAACCACCCAGAAAGAGAGACUGGUCAUCUUUGCUUCCAUCUGUUCAUCAUUAUAAAUAACAUUACACACUCCAUCUUUGCUGUGUUGUUGAUUGUAUGAUCUAUAACUUAGAUACAGUGCUCAAUUACAAGGUCAGAUCUUGUAAUGCUGUUAAGACACCUGCUGCAGACAAUGACGUUUUUGCUGUUUGACCGGUCUCUCUCUCUUUCUGUGAAGUGUGAUGGCCCAGUUACAAUCCUGAGUGCCGUAUUAUUGCGUGCUGUUGUUGUACCUCAUUCAUGUGUUUACUGAGGGAACUCUACAGCACAGUGCUGUGUUACUGUGUAAUACAUCACACUGCAGCCGCAUGCAGUCAUUUCUAACAUUGGUACCAUGUAUAGCAGUUACUCAACACUACCCAUGCUGUUGAAAACACAACAGCCCUUUUAGUUGUGUUGAAGUGGAUUUAGUUGUUAAAAAUAUUAAAACUGAGAGCCUCUGGAGAGUGUAGUGUGGAUUGAGGUGUGUUCAGGCUAUUGGCAUAUUUCCUCAUGUCAUUCCUAGUAUGUCUAACAAUAACUGGACUGCUUUCUGCAAUAAAAGAAAAUUCUCUAAACCA